GCAGGCACCUGCUGGCGCCGUGCGCCGCCUGCUGCGGCGCGCAGCUGCCCCUGCUGCUCGGCAUUCGCCACGCCCUCGCGUACGAGGUGGAGGAGGCCGAGACGUGGGAGGCCUUCGCGCCGUCCGCGGGCACCAUGGGCGUGUGCCCCGCCCAGAUGGACGAGGCGGACUUCCGGGCGCCGCCGUUCUUCUUCUUCUGCUUCGGCGGCCUGGAGAGGAUUGAGCUGGACGGCCAGAAGAUCGGAGACACUGGGGCCACCGUCAUAGCCUCGGUGCUAGCGCACCAGACUACUGUAAAGCAGCUGUACCUGACCGACAACGAGAUCGGGGACGCGGGCCUGGCCGCCAUUGCGGCCGCGCUGGGCGGCAACGGGACCGUGCAGAGGCUCGGCCUGGGCUGCAACCGCGUCGGGGACGCGGGCGCGGCGGCCGUGGCCACCGCCCUGCGGAGCAACGGCGCGGUGCAGCAGCUCGACCUGGGCAAGAACAGGAUCGGCGACGCCGGCGCGAGGGCGCUCGCCUCCGCCCUCGAGGUGAACGGCACGCUGGAGGAGGUCAACCUGAGGGAGAACAGCAUCGGGGACGCUGGGGCAUCCGCGCUCGCCGUGGCGCUGGGGCGGAACACCUCCCUGCGGAGGCUCUCUCUCGACUGCAACGCCAUCGGGGACGUGGGCGCUCAGGCGAUCGGGUCCGCGCUGGCGAUCAACCCGACCAUCCAGCACGUGGACCUCAUCUCCAACAAGAUUGGGGACAGUGGUGCUGAGGCCAUUGCCUCGGCACUGGAACGGAACAACGCCAUCAGAGAGGUCUACCUGAGGGAGAACUUGAUCGGCGACCGUGGCGCAAAGGCCAUAGCCGCGGCGCUCAAAAAGAACAGCACUGUCGAGCGGGUGUGUCUCGGCAGCAACAAGAUUGCCGACGAGGGCGCCGAAGCCAUCGCGUCGGCGAUGUGGCAGAACAUCGCCGUCCAGCAGAUCGAUCUGACUCUCAACAGGAUCAAGGACGCCGGCGGGGAAGCGAUCGCCUCUGCCCUCAAGCACAACACGACGAUCCAGCGGCUGUCUUUGGACAAGAACGAUAUAGGAGG